AUGCCGAGGCAAGGCCUGCAGGCUCGCCCCCUCCGCAGCCGGCGGAGCUCCCCUCCGGGGAGGCCAGCGGCCCCGCAGCCGCCCCGCCGGCACCUCAGACCUACUGUGAAUCACCACGGGGCUGCGAAGGGCCCCUCGCACAAGACGAGGGGAAGCGGCGGCGAGGUUUGGGCCCGGCCGCAGCGAAGAGGGCCCGGAAAGCGGCCGGAUGUGCCCUCCUGCAUAGACCCCGCUACCAUGGGGACCAAAAGCCCCCAGCCCAUCCCGGCCCACUCGUUACCUGCGCGGUGGCACCGGCUGUUCCUGCGGUCACUGCCUACCGCGCACCCCUACGAAACCGGCGCCGCCCCGCCACCGGGCAACGCCAUCUUGUCUACCCGCCCUCCACCUCGCCAGGCGACGCACUGGCGUCACGCCAGGAAGUCACUUGCCCCCACUGGCCCAAUCGGAAGUUCUACUGUGUCACGGAAAACAGUUAGCAGGAAGCGAAAAGCAGCGGCGGCUUCUGUUCCGGGGCCCAGGGGGCUCCAGGGGGAGCAGUAUGUGUGGGAUCACUCAGUUCACAAAAGGAAAGGACUCCUCCCAGUGAAAAGGUCUCUGGUGCGCUACCUGAAAGGUAGAGAGGUCAAGAUGCAGAAUGAGUCUAGCUAUCACCACUUGCUGCAAGGCUAUGCAGCCCAGCAGCUUCCUAGCCUCCUGAAGGAGAAACAGUUUCACCUUGGAACCCUCAAUAAAGUGUUUGCCUCCCAGUGGUUGAACUACCGACAAGUGGUGUGUGGAACAAAAUGCAACACGUUAUUUGUAGUAGAUGUCCAGACUGGUCAAAUUAUGAAGAUUCCUAUUCUGAAAGAUCGUGAACCUGGCAUGAUGAAUGAGCAGGGAUGUGGUAUUCAUGCCAUUGAGCUCAACCCCUCAAGGACCCUUCUGGCCACAGGUGGAGACAACCCCAACAGUCUUGCAAUUUAUCGUCUGCCUACACUUGAUUCUGUCUGUGUGGGAGAUGAUGGACAUAAAGAUUGGAUAUUUUCAAUUGCAUGGAUCAGUGAUACUAUGGCUAUUAGUGGUUCCCGGGAUGGUUCGAUGGGUCUCUGGGAAGUUACAGAGGAUGUGUUGUCCAAAAGCAAUGCCAGGCAUAAUCUCUCUCAAGUUCCUGUCUAUGCCCACAUAACACACAGGGCUUUGAAGGAUAUUCCCAAGGAGAACACCAAUCCUGACAACUGUAAAGUCCGAGUACUGGCUUUCAACAAUAAGAACAAGGUCGGUAAAAUAAGCAAGACAGUUGAGAAGUCCUAA